AUGCCGGCAUCAUUGGGUUCGUUGAUAAAUCAUAACAGGCGGCUAGAAGUGGUUGACACGGGAAAGCACCUGGAAAAUAACCCCGCGACAGAUCAGAUAUGUGAGUGGGCGGAAAUAGGAAUAUAUAACGGUCAGCUCCCGGCAUACUUCCUUCCAACCACCUUGCUCUCUGGCCUGCAGAGUCGUCACCAUACACACCAAUUUGUGCUCCAGCUACUGGACUGCUACGCGAAAUCAAAACGACCUAGUACCUACAUAAUGAUCUCCUCUCUGUUCAAUGCGGCAGCUCUCCCAGAAGCCUGGAGUCCCAGGCUUUGA